AUGACAGUGAAAGUAAUCUCCGGUGUUAGAGCCACAGUCGACUCGAAAUACGGCAUCUCGUUCUGCCGUAAGACCACGGACUCUCCUGUGAUCAUCAAGGAAGUUCGAAAGGAAGGGAUAUUUGCAAAACAUGGUCUUAUCCCUGGAAUGGUUGUCAAGGCAGUGAAUGGAGUUGAAGUCGAGUGGAAGCGCCCCACUGAAGCAGCUACACUUUUGGCCCAAACCGAUGUUGGCCAAGAGGUUUCUCUGACAGUGGAAUGUUUCACUGGAACUGUCCACAGAAGCAACAAGUACCAAAAAUGGGGUUUGACAUUGAAAAAUUCAACCAAGAUGUCUGGAAUCUACAUCUCCGGAAUCGAAGAAGACGGUCUAUUUGCUUCCACCGAACUUACGGCUGGUAUGAAAGUUAUUAGAAUUAAUGGAAAGCGAUGCCCUCGUGAGGCAAAGGAUGUCAUCAAUAUGGUUGCACAAACUGGGGAUGAUUUGGAACUCGUUGGCGUUCAUGCUAUGCCACGUUCACCUGAGGACAAGGAGAACUCCAGUUCUCAGCAGGCUGCACCACGAAGUACAACGCUGACUGAAAGCGCCGCUGUAAAUAGACAGCAUCCAGCUCUGGCACUCUUGUAG